UAAUACACGCUCAUCUCAAUUUCAACUAUCAUAGUAUCAUAUUUAUGCUUAUAUAUAGAGAUGCAAAAUAUAAACCAACUUACAGGUCCAAUUAUUGUCUAACCAAAGCUUCAAGUUUUGGAGGAAACAAUGAAGAUCGUUAAUGGGGUACCUCUUCUUCAUUUGAUCUUGCUUGCAUGGUGUCUUCUGGCUUUCCAGGCUAGAUCAGCAUCAGUUGGGAGGUCCACCUAUAUUGUCCACAUGGACAAGUCUCAAAUGCCCAAGAUCUUUGCUAGCUACAACCAUUGGUACUCCUCCACUGUUGAUUCCAUAAAAUCAGCAGGUCACACAUUAUCAAGCGGUCAUGAAUCCAACCCAGAGCUUGUCUACACUUAUGAUAAUGCUUUUCAUGGUUUCAGUGCAGUAUUGUCUCAAGAUGAACUAGAGACUCUAAAGAAUUCCCCUGGGUUUGUCUCAGCUUAUAGUGAUAGAGAAGUCACACUUGACACCACCCACAGCACUGAAUUCCUUUCCCUCAAUCAUGUCACCGGCCUAUGGCCGGCUUCAGAUUACGGCGAAGAUGUCAUCAUUGGUGUCAUCGACACUGGUGUCUGGCCGGAGAGCAGGAGCUUCAAUGAUAAAGGAAUGACUCCAAUCCCCUCUAGGUGGAAGGGUAAGUGUGAGGAAGGACAAGAGUUUAAUUCCUCACUGUGCAACUUGAAGCUCAUUGGAGCUAGAUACUUCAACAAGGGGAUUUUAGCUGCAGAUCCCAACAUUACAAUCAGUAUGAAUUCUGCAAGGGACACUGAUGGCCACGGCACACACACUUCCUCCAUAGCUGCUGGAAGCAUUGUGGAAGGCGCUUCAUACUUUGGCUAUGCAAAGGGAACAGCAAAAGGGGUUGCGCCCAGUGCUCGCGUGGCCAUCUAUAAGGUCAUUUUUAAUGAAGGGCGGAAAGCUUCUGAUGUCCUUGCCGGUAUGGACCAGGCGGUAGCUGAUGGCGUUGACGUGAUAUCAAUUUCAAUGAAUUUCGGACGUGGGAUACCUCUGUAUGAGGAUCCUAUUGCCAUAGCUUCCUUCGGAGCCAUGGAGAAGGGUGUGGUUGUUUCAGCUACAGCAGGUAAUAGAGGCGGUUCUCUCGGAGAGGUGCGCAAUGUGAGCCCAUGGGCCUUGACCGUCGCGGCAGGUACAAUCGACCGUUCGUUUGCUGGAACUUUGACUCUCGGAAACGGGUUAACCAUCACCGGAUGGACCCUGUUCCCUGCAAGUGCCUUGGUAUUAGAUCGCCCUCUUAUUUACAACAAGACUCUGUCUUCAUGCGAUUCAAGUGAAUUGUUGUCUGAAGCCCCUCAUGAUGUCAUCCUCAUAUGUGAUGAAACUCCAGAGUCAUCUUAUUAUCAAUUUUCUACUCAAUCUUGGUAUAUCUCACAGUCAAAUGUGGCUGCAGCUAUAUUUAUCAAAGAUGAUCCUGCAUUCGUUACCUCUGAUAAUGUUGAAGUAUUUGAAUCCAAUGAAUUCCCCUGUCCGGGAGUUGUUAUUAGUUCUAAAGAAGCCACAACUGUGAUCAAAUAUGCUGAAAGUGGAAAUACACCAACAGCGAGCAUCAAGUUCCAACAGACCAUUGUAGGAACAAAGCGUGCCCCUGUUGUUGCCUCGUUCUCUUCAAGAGGUCCUGCCGAGAGCUGUCCAGGCAUUUUGAAGCCGGACCUAUUGGCACCGGGGAUAUUAGUCUUAGCAGCAUGGAUUCCAAAUGGUCCGGCAAGUCAUAUUGGCUCAAAUAUUGGGUUGUCCAGUGAUUACAAUAUGAUAUCCGGGACAUCCAUGGCGUGUCCUCAUGUUUCUGGCAUCGCUGCGCUCUUAAAAGGCGCACAUCCGGAAUGGAGUCCAGCUGCUAUUAAGUCUGCCAUGAUGACCACAGCCAACCCACUUGACAACACUCACAAUCCUAUCCGACACAAUAGCUUUAAUGGCGAAGCUACACCUCUAGCCAUGGGAUCAGGUCAUGUUGAUCCUAACCGAGCGCUUGAUCCAGGUCUUAUCUAUGAUGCUACUCCACAGGAUUAUGUGAAUCUCAUAUGCUCAAUGAACUUCACUAAGAAUCAAAUCUUGACCAUCACAAGAUCAAACAGUUACAGUUGUUCAAACCCGUCGUCUGACCUCAAUUAUCCAUCCUUUAUUGCUUUCUACGCUGAUGAAAAGGAUAUAGUACUGGUUAAGAAAUUUAGGAGGACAGUCACGAAUGUUGGCAACGCCAUGGCCACUUAUAAAGUUCAGGUUGAAGCACCAAUGGGUUCUGUUGUCACAGUCUCGCCAAAGACAAUGAUUUUUAAGAAGAUGUAUGAGAAGAAGAGUUACUCUUUGACCAUCCGUUAUAUGAAGAACGAGACUUACACGGCCGCCAAAUUUGGUUAUGUAAUUUGGGUGGAAGAUGGUGGUAAGCACAAUGUGAUGAGUCCUAUAGUGGUCUCACCUUUUAUUUGGAAUGACCGUGUUUGAAUUGUGCCAUGGCAAGUGCAUGAAUAGUGAAAAUAAAGCUUGUAUUAUGAGGACAUAAAAAAUAGGGAUUAUUACAUAUAAAUGAGGUUAGGGCUUCAUAUUUACUAAGAGGCUGAGUCAAAGUCAAGUAUUUCUCUAAAAUGUGUUUGACCCAAAAGCUGAGGUGGCACAUGAAAAAAUACUGUUUAUAAUGUGUGUUACCUAAAAUGCCCUUCUUCCUAUUUUAUGUGUUGCUUAAAAUGCCCUUUUCUAUAAUGACCUAAUUGUAAGCCCUAAAGCGCCUCUUUCAUAUUCCAUUCGUGUAGGCAGGCCUCA